AUGAAUUCGAACAAGGGACGUGCUAGCUGUUACGCCGCAGGUCGACUGAGAAAAGUCUAUUUUUCCUUGCCAAACAUUGUGUUGACGACACCCGAAACGGCAAACCGAGUGCCGUCUGCCACGAGUAGUCCUGCAGAUGAUGGAGUUGAAAACCCUGACCGGACUAUGGAAUGUAGCGAUUCCGGUCACCGAUGUGCAGAAACUGCAGGAGUGCAGGACUCAGAUGCCUCAAUAAUGCACCAGGUGGUGACCACGAACGCUGUCGUCAAACCUAUAAGAGCCGAUCAUUUUUGA